AUCACAGUUCACCUCCUGAGGAACAUGGAGGAGGAGGAUCUUGCAGAGCGUUUGUGGAGCAAGAGUUGUGCUGCAGAGUGUGGAGCUCAACUGAAGAGGAGGCUGCAGAAGAAGUUCUCCCGGGUGUGUGAGGGGGUCCCUAAGGCCGGACACUCUGUCCCCCUGAAUCAGAUCUACACUGAACUCUACAUCACUGAGGGGGGCACAGACCAGGUCAACCAAGAGCAUGAGGUCCAACAAAUUGAAACUGCAGCCAGAAGAGCGAGCAGACAAGAAACCACCAUCAGAACAGAGGACCUCUUCAGAACCUCACCUGACAGAGACUAUCCAAUCAGAAGCCUGCUGACGAAGGGUGUGGCUGGUAUUGGGAAGACCCUGUUGACACAGAAAGUGACUCUGGACUGGGCUGAAGAUGAAGCCCACAAGAACUUCCACUUUGUGUUUCCUUUCACAUUCAGAGAGCUGAAUGUGCUGAAAGAGAAGAAGUUGAAUUUGGUGGAUCUAGUUCAUCUCUUCUUUCCUGAAACUAGAGAAGCAAAACUCAGCUGCUUUGACAACGUCCAGGUUCUGUUCAUCUUUGACGGUCUGGACGAGUGUCGUCUCCCUCUGGACUUCCUCAAAAGUCGGGUACUAACUUCAGUCACAGAGUCCACCUCAGUCGAUGUCCUGCUGACUAACCUCAUCACGGGGAAUCUGCUCCCAUCUGCUGGAGUCUGGAUCACCACACGACCUGCAGCAGCUAGUCAGAUCCCUCCUAAGUGUGUGGACAUGGUGACAGAGGUCCGAGGGUUCACUGAUGCCCAGAAGGAGGAGUACUUCAGGAAGAGGUUUAGAGAUGAGGAGCAGACCAGCAUCCUCAUCUCUCACAUGAGGACCUCACGAAGCCUCUACAUCAUGUGUCACAUUCCCAUCUUCUGCUGGAUCACUGCCACGGUUCUGGAGGACAUGUUGAAGAGCAAAGCGACAGGAGAGCUGCCCAAGACCCUGACUGAGAUGUACAUCCACUUCCUGGUGGUUCAGGCCAAAGUUAAGAGUCUGAAGUUUGAUGGAGGAGCUGGAACAGGCCAACACUGGACUCCUGAGAACAGGACAAUGAUUGAGUCUCUGGCAAAACUGGCUUUUGAGCAGCUACAGAAAGGAAACCUGAUCUUCUAUGAAUCAGACCUGACAGAGUGUGGCAUCGAUAUCAGAGCCGCUGCGCUUUAUUCAGGAGUGUUCACACAGAUCUUCAGAGAGGAGACAGGACUGUACCAAGACUCAGUCUUCUGCUUCGUCCACCUGAGUCUCCAAGAGUUUUUUGCUGCUCUCCAUGUCUAUUUGAAAUACUCUAACUCUGGAGUCAAUCUGCUGGAAUCCAAACAAACAUCCAAUUUUUCUAGAUCCUUUAAACGCAAAUCGUAUGAACAGUUCCUCCAGACAGCUGUGGACGAGACCCUGAAGAGUCCAAACGGACACCUGGACAUGGUCUUGCGCUUCCUCCUGGGUCUCUCACUGAAGUCCAACCAGACUCUCCUGAGCGGAUUGUUGAGAACAACAGGAAGUGACUCACAGACCAACAAGUACACAGCUGAGUACAUCAAGAAGAAGACAAGCGAGACUAUCUCUGCUGAGAGAACCAUCAACCUAUUCCACUGUCUGAAUGAGCUGAAGGACAGUUCUCUGUUAGAGCAGGUCCAACAGCAACUGACAUCAGGAAGUCUCUCCUCAGAUGACCUGUCUCCUGCCCAGUGGUCUGCUCUGGUCUUCAUCUUACUGUCCUCAGAGGAACAUCUGGACGUGUUUGACCUGAAGAAAUACUGUGCUUCUGAGGAGGCUUUUCUCAGACUGCUGCCUGUGGUCAAAGCUUCAAACAAAGUCCUGCUUGGAAGUUGUGGAUUGUCAAAGAGAAGUUGUUCAAGCUUGUCAUCCGUUCUGAGCUCAUCACCCAGCUGUGUGACAGAACUGGAUCUGAGUGACAACCACCUCCUGGACUCCGGGGUGGAGCUUCUAUGUGCAGGACUCAAGAGUCCACAUUGUCAACUGGAGACACUCAGGCUGAGAAGCUGUGGACUGUCGAAGAAAAGUUGUCCACUUCUUUCUCCAGUUUUGACUUCUCCGUCCUCCAGUCUGACAGAGCUAGAUCUGAGUGCCAAUGAAAUACAGGACUCUGGAGUGAAGCUCCUGUCUGCUGGACUCAAGAGUUACCACUGUCACCUAGAGACACUCAGGCUGGGACAAUGUGGCCUGUCAGAGAGAAGCUGCCCCCUUCUGGUCUCAGUCCUCAGCUCUCUGUCCUCUAGCCUGACACAGCUGGACCUGAGUGACAACCAGCUGCAGGAUUCUGGAAUGGAGCUUCUGUCUUCCGGGCUGGAGAGUCCACACUGCCGGCUGGAGACCCUGAGGCUAAAACACUGUGGACUGUCAGAGAGAAGCUGUCCCCUUCUGGCCUCAGUCCUCGGCUCUCCGUCCUCUAGUCUGACACAACUGGACCUGAGUGACAACCAGCUGCACAAUUCAGGAGUGAAGCGUCUGUCUGUCGGACUGGAGAGUCCUCACUGUCACCUGGAGACCCUCAGUCUGUCAGGGUGUCAGAUUGCAGAGGCAGGAUGUGCUUCUCUGGCCUCAGCUCUGCGGUCCAACCCAUCUCACCUCAGAGAGCUGGACCUGAGCUACAAUCACCCUGGAGGAGCAGGACUGCGGCUGCUGUCUGCUGGACUGGAGAGUCCAGACUGGAGGCUGGUCACUCUCAGGGUGGACCACAGUGGAGAGCAGAGGUUAAGACCUGGUCUGCUCAAAUAUUUCAGCGACCUCACCCUGGACCCAAAGACAGCACACCGGCGCCUCCUACUGUCCAACAACAACAGGACAGUGGAACAUGUGCCUGAGAUCCAGGUCCAUGUGGACCAACCAGUGAAACAGUACCGCUUUGCUCAGCUGCUGUGCACGAGAAGUGUGACCGAUCGCUGUUACUGGGAGGUGGAAUGGAGAGGAGACGUCUCCGUCGCUGUGGCUUACAGAAGGGACAGCGGAGAGGAGGAGUGUGAGUUUGGAGAAAACGACAAGUCCUGGAGUCUGACAAUAAUAGAUGGAGUCGGUUUUCAUUUCUAUCACAAUAACAGAGGACACUUUGUCCAGUCCUCGUGUCUCUCUGAGAGAAUAGGUGUGUUUGUAGACUAUCCCGCUGGAUCUGUCUCCUUCUACAGCAUCUCUCCUCAUGCUCUGACCCACCUCCACACCUUCAUCGCCUCCUUCACUCAACCGCUCUACCCAGGAUUUGGACUCUGGGGCCUGUCUCGAGACGCUGUUCCUGACUCUUCUGUGACUCUGUGCGACCCGUCUCAGGAUCAUCUGGAGCUGGCCCAGGCCCAGAUCUUUGUCCAGCAGAUUCUGGAUGCCGCUUGGCUCUUGAACGCAGAAGUUACACUGCUGAAGAAGAACUUCUUCAAGUCUGCUGACCAGGAGCUGAACAGAUUCUGGAGAGUUCUGAGUCCAGAUGACCCAACAGGGCCAUGCGAUGAGGAGGAAGAGGAGCCGGUAAUGAGAAUCAGAGAGGAAUUCCUGAAGAUCACAGUUCACCUCCUGAGGAACAUGGAGGAGGAGGAUCUUGCAGAGCGUUUGUGGAGCAAGAGUUGUGCUGCAGAGUGUGGAGCUCAACUGAAGAGGAGGCUGCAGAAGAAGUUCUCCCGGGUGUGUGAGGGGGUCCCUAAGGCCGGACACUCUGUCCCCCUGAAUCAGAUCUACACUGAACUCUACAUCACUGAGGGGGGCACAGACCAGGUCAACCAAGAGCAUGAGGUCCAACAAAUUGAAACUGCAGCCAGAAGAGCGAGCAGACAAGAAACCACCAUCAGAACAGAGGACCUCUUCAGAACCUCACCUGACAGAGACUAUCCAAUCAGAAGCCUGCUGACGAAGGGUGUGGCUGGUAUUGGGAAGACCCUGUUGACACAGAAAGUGACUCUGGACUGGGCUGAAGAUGAAGCCCACAAGAACUUCCACUUUGUGUUUCCUUUCACAUUCAGAGAGCUGAAUGUGCUGAAAGAGAAGAAGUUGAGUUUGGUGGAUCUAGUUCAUCUCUUCUUUCCUGAAACUAGAGAAGCAAAACUCAACAGCUUUGAUGAUGUCCAGGUUCUGUUCAUCUUUGACGGUCUGGACGAGUGUCGUCUCCCUCUGUACUUCCUCAAAAGUCGGGUACUAACUUCAGUCACAGAGUCCACCUCAGUCGAUGUCCUGCUGACUAACCUCAUCACGGGGAAUCUGCUCCCAUCUGCUGGAGUCUGGAUCACCACACGACCUGCAGCAGCUAGUCAGAUCCCUCCUAAGUGUGUGGACAUGGUGACAGAGGUCCGAGGGUUCACUGAUGCCCAGAAGGAGGAGUACUUCAGGAAGAGGUUUAGAGAUGAGGAGCAGACCAGCAUCCUCAUCUCUCACAUGAGGACCUCACGAAGUCUCUACAUCAUGUGUCACAUUCCCAUCUUCUGCUGGAUCACUGCCACGGUUCUGGAGGACAUGUUGAAGAGCAGAGCGACAGGAGAGCUGCCCAAGACCCUGACUGAGAUGUACAUCCACUUCCUGGUGGUUCAGGCCAAAGUUAAGAGUCUGAAGUUUGAUGGAGGCGCUGGAACAGGCCAACACUGGACUCCUGAGACCAGGACAAUGAUUAAGUCUCUGGCAAAACUGGCUUUUGAGCAGCUGCAGAAAGGAAACCUGAUCUUCUAUGAAUCAGACCUGACAGAGUGUGGCAUCGAUAUCAGAGCCGCUGCGCUUUAUUCAGGAGUGUUCACACAGAUCUUCAGAGAGGAGACAGGACUGUACCAAGACUCAGUCUUCUGCUUCGUCCACCUGAGUCUCCAAGAGUUUCUUGCUGCUCUCCAUGUCUAUUUGAAAUACUCUAACUCUGGAGUCAAUCUGCUGGAAUCCAAACAAACAUCCCAUUUUUCUAGAACCUUUAAACGCAAAUCGUAUGAACAGUUCCUCCAGACAGCUGUGGACGAGACCCUGAAGAGUCCAAACGGACACCUGGACAUGGUCUUGCGCUUCCUCCUGGGUCUUUCACUGAAGUCCAACCAGACUCUCCUGAGCGGAUUGUUGAGAACAACAGGAAGUGACUCACAGACCAACAAGUACACAGCUGAGUACAUCAAGAAGAAGACAAGCGAGACUGUCUCUGCUGAGAGAACCAUCAACCUAUUCCACUGUCUGAAUGAGCUGAAGGACAGUUCUCUGUUAGAGCAGGUCCAACAGCAACUGACAUCAGGAAGUCUCUCCUCAGAUGACCUGUCUCCUGCCCAGUGGUCUGCUCUGGUCUUCAUCUUACUGUCCUCAGAGGAACAUCUGGACGUGUUUGACCUGAAGAAAUACUGUGCUUCUGAGGAGGCUUUUCUCAGACUGCUGCCUGUGGUCAAAGCUUCAAACAAAGUCCUGCUUGGAAGUUGUGGAUUGUCAAAGAGAAGUUGUUCAAGCUUGUCAUCCGUUCUGAGCUCAUCACCCAGCUGUGUGACAGAACUGGAUCUGAGUGACAACCACCUCCUGGACUCCGGGGUGGAGCUUCUAUGUGCAGGACUCAAGAGUCCACAUUGUCAACUGGAGACACUCAGGCUGAGAAGCUGUGGACUGUCGAAGAAAAGUUGUCCACUUCUUUCUCCAGUUUUGACUUCUCCGUCCUCCAGUCUGACAGAGCUAGAUCUGAGUGCCAAUGAAAUACAGGACUCAGGAGUGAAGCUCCUGUCUGCUGGACUCAAGAGUUACCACUGUCACCUAGAGACACUCAGUUUGUCUGGCUGUGAGAUCUCAGAGGAAGGCUGUGCUUCUCUGGUCUCAGCUCUAAGGUCCAAUCCGUCUCAUCUGAAGGACCUGGAUCUGAGCUACAAUCAUCCAGCAGGACCAGGACUGGAGCAGCUGUGUGACGGACUGGAGAGCCCUGACUUCAGAAUAGAGAAUCUCAGGCUGGGACAAUGUGGCCUGUCAGAGAGAAGCUGCCCCCUUCUGGUCUCAGUCCUCAGCUCUCUGUCCUCUAGCCUGACACAGCUGGACCUGAGUGACAACCAGCUGCAGGAUUCUGGAAUGGAGCUUCUGUCUUCCGGGCUGGAGAGUCCACACUGCCGGCUGGAGACCCUGAGGCUAAAACACUGUGGACUGUCAGAGAGAAGCUGUCCCCUUCUGGCCUCAGUCCUCGGCUCUCUGUCCUCUAGUCUGACACAACUGGACCUGAGUGACAACCAGCUGCACAAUUCAGGAGUGAAGCGUCUGUCUGUCGGACUGGAGAGUCCUCACUGUCACCUGGAGACCCUCAGUCUGUCAGGGUGUCAGAUUGCAGAGGCAGGAUGUGCUUCUCUGGCCUCAGCUCUGCGGUCCAACCCAUCUCACCUCAGAGAGCUGGACCUGAGCUACAAUCACCCUGGAGGAGCAGGACUGCGGCUGCUGUCUGCUGGACUGGAGAGUCCAGACUGGAGGCUGGUCACUCUCAGGGUGGACCACAGUGGAGAGCAGAGGUUAAGACCUGGUCUGCUCAAAUAUUUCAGCGACCUCACCCUGGACCCAAAGACAGCACACCGGCGCCUCCUACUGUCCAACAACAACAGGACAGUGGAACAUGUGCCUGAGAUCCAGGUCCAUGUGGACCAACCAGUGAAACAGUACCGCUUUGCUCAGCUGCUGUGCACGAGAAGUGUGACCGAUCGCUGUUACUGGGAGGUGGAAUGGAGAGGAGACGUCUCCGUCGCUGUGGCUUACAGAAGGGACAGCGGAGAGGAGGAGUGUGAGUUUGGAGAAAACGACAAGUCCUGGAGUCUGACAAUAAUAGAUGGAGUCGGUUUUCAUUUCUAUCACAAUAACAGAGGACACUUUGUCCAGUCCUCGUGUCUCUCUGAGAGAAUAGGUGUGUUUGUAGACUAUCCCGCUGGAUCUGUCUCCUUCUACAGCAUCUCCCCUCAUGCUCUGACCCACCUCCACACCUUCAUCGCCUCCUUCACUCAACCGCUCUACCCAGGAUUUGGACUCUGGGGCCUGUCUCGAGACGCUGUUCCUGACUCUUCUGUGACUCUGUGCGACCUGUCUCAGGAUCAUCUGUGA